UCAUCUCCUCACACUGACUACAACCGCUCACUUCUUCUCAUCCCUAUGGAUCCAACUGAAUCUCAGCCACUCAGACACCGCCACGUGGUGGCCCUGCCUUGGCCCGGAAGAGGCCACAUAAACCCGAUGAUGAACCUCUGCAAACGCCUCGUCCUCCGUGACACCAACCUCAUCGUCACAUUCGUCGUCACCGAAGAGUGGCUCGGGCUCAUCGGACCCGACCCGAAACCCGACCGGAUCCAUUUCGCCACUCUUCCCAACCUCAUCCCUUCCGAGCUCGUCCGUGCCAACGACUUCAUCGGCUUCGUCAACGCCGUCCACGCCACGUUGGAGGAGCCGUUCGAAAAGCUUCUUGACCGCCUCAGCUCGCCGCCUCCGACGGUAAUCGUCGCCGACACUUACGUCUUAUGGGCGGUGCGUGUCGGAGAACGGAGGAACGUUCCGGUGGUUUCUCUCUGGACUAUGUCCGCCACGAUUCUCUCCCUCUUUCUUCACUCUGACCUACUCGUAAGUCACGGCCAUGCUCUGUCCGAACCAUCAGAAUCAAAAGAAGAGGAGAUCGUUGAUUACAUCCCCGGUUUACCUCCGACGAAGCUCCGGGAUCUUCCUCCGUUAUUCAAGAACUACCAAGUUUUCAAGAAAGGCGAGUUGUGUUUCGCUGAGCUCCCGAGAGCUAAGUGUCUUCUCUUCACCACCGCUUAUGAGCUUGAACGUAAAGCUAUAGACUUCUUAACCUCCAAGCUCGGUAUCCCGGUUUACUCUACUGGCCCGUUAAUACCCUUUGAGAAACUCUCCUUUGAGAAUAAACCGGAUUACAUCCGGUGGCUUGAUGAGCAAGCGGAAACCUCUGUUCUUUACGUUUCGCAAGGGAGUUUUCUCUCGGUUUCCGAAGCUCAGAUGGAUGAGAUAGUGGAAGGAGUCAAGGCGAGCGGAGUCCGGUUCCUUUGGGUGGCUCGUGGGGGAGAGUCGAAGCUGAAGAAGGCUUUUGAAGGUAGCGCGGGUGUAGUGGUGAGCUGGUGCGACCAGCUUCGUGUGUUGUGUCACGUGGCUGUAGGCGGGUUUUGGACACAUUGCGGGUUUAACUCGACUCUGGAAGGGAUGUAUUCAGGGGUGCCGAUGCUGGCGUUUCCUUUGUUUUGGGAUCAGAUUCUGAAUGCGAAGAUGAUCGUUGAGGACUGGAAAGUUGGGAUCAGGAUCGAGAGGAGGAAGAAGACGGAGGUUUUGAUAGUCAGAGAUGAGAUCAAGGAAGUGGUGAAGAGGUUGAUGGAUAGAGAGAGUGAAGACGGGAAGGAGAUGAGAAGAAGGGCAUGUGACCUCAGUGAGAUAUUUCAAGGAGCGGUUGAGGAAAUGGGGUCGUCUAAUGCUAACAUCGAUCAUUUCAUAAGGGAUAUUAACAAUACAACUUGAGGAUUAUUCUUCUUAUUUGUAGAUCAAUAGAUCUUUUAUUAGUCAAAUUGUUCUUUCGAGUCUCCUACCGUGUAUAUCUUUCUAAGAGGAUGGUUCUUGCUCGGA